AUUUAAUCGUGGUAUUUUCAUGGCCAAAAUUAUUAUAAUUUGGAAUUAUGUGUUUAAAAAGCAUCCCAUGGUGUGUGUGUGCAAUGCAAUGAUAAGGGCGUGCCUCGCCAAAUUUGCGCGCUUAUUGCUAUCGAUGCUCGAAUAGGGACAAAAAAACUGCUGAAAUAGCGUUUCUUAAGAAAGCCUUUUCUAAAAGAAAAAGCUAAUUGCUUAAGAAAAAAACAAUUAAUUUUAAGUCUUUAUGAAAAGAACAUCGGGUUUAAUGCUGACCUGAUUAAAAAUGUAAAAUUUUAGGUUAUUUUCAAUAAUUUUAUAAAAACGUAUUAUGUAUUUCAGUAAUUUUUUUAUUAGAAUUAAUCAUUAAACUCAUAUAACACCAUGCUUGCAUGUACGUACGUACGAACAUAUAUUGAUCUAACUUUUAUAAAUUAAUGAUUACGCAAUUAAAAUAUGUUUAAAUACAAAAAUAAUUUAAUCUUUUAAAGCUUAAAUAAUAUAUCUACUGAACCCCCCUUUUUACCAGAAUGCUCGUCCUUUCGACAACUCCAUGUGAGUUAUUCGCUCAGAGAGACGGAAAAGCAAAGUGUUUUGCUGCCAAAUCGGGAAACAAAACAACAUGACAUUUUUCCAAAAACAAGCCAGUGAUGAUGAAGAUAACGAAAUCGAGAUUGUGGAGCCUAAAACGGACACCAUUACACUGGAUUCGGACAAUGAAGAUGACGAGCCAGCCAAGCAAACAACAGCCGCUUCAUUUAAGAAUGCACCAAUCUUAUCAAUCAAUAAUAGUACUCCUACUUCCAGCAAUAUCUCAGUGCAGCUUCAGCCGCAGCACCAAUCAACUAACAAUGACGUUAGCUGCCCAAACAUGAAACAAGUGUUGCUUCUUCCUAAAAGUACUUCAAUUUCGACCAUUACACCAAUGCCCAGUCUAUCCAAUGCUGCUGCUGCUGCUGCUGGUGCCGCUGCCGCUGCUGGUGCCGCUGCGUCCUAUGAAGAUAACACCGCCUUGGUAAAUGAGGCUAACAAUGAUAAAAUGGAGGAAAUCGAUAUAUUGUCGGCGGCGAGAACUUUUCUUGUUAGCCUCUUGGAAGUGGAUUCUGAUGCUGCUGAUGGCGAUUCCAUAUCACAGCAACAGCAGCGCAAGCAGCCACGCAAAAAGACUACCAACAAACCGAAUCCAACUUUGCUGAAACAGAAGGAAAUGCUCGAACGCGAACGCUUAGAGGAGAUGAAACGUAGCGAUUUGAAACUCAAAAUGAAGUGUGCCAUUUCGUUGAAAAAGGCAGAAGAAGAAUUUCCAUUUGCUAAAGAUAUGCUGGAGAAGCACGAGAGCG